CCAAUCACAAGUGAGUUAGAGCAAACCCAACUUCCUGGUUUACGUGACACAAGGAAGUGGAAAAAUUGCGUUUAUCUCCUUUAAAAGUCCACCAGGGCUCAGAAGUCACCAGCCAUGUCUGCCUUUCACCUCACACUCUUGCUUUUAGCAGUGAACGUGGCCUCCUUGGCUGCAUCCGGACCCCCCCAGGGUAAAAGGUCACUAAAUAACCUGCACGGAAUGAUCAAAUGUACCACAGGGAGACACUCUAUUGAAUAUAGUUCGUACGGCUGCUACUGUGGAGACGUGGAGAAAGGCAAGCCUAUAGACCAGACUGACCGGUGCUGCUUCCAACAUGGCUGCUGCUACGCUGGGGCCGAAAAAUUUGGCUGCAAGACCGACACGGACUACGACUGGUCAUGUAGAGACGGGACGGCUUAUUGUGGAAUAACUGAUGACAAGUGUCAGAAGUUGAUCUGCCACUGUGACCAAGAAUUCGCCAACUGCCUGAAAGAUGCACCCUACAAUUGGACCCCAGGCUGGCCGAUCUCCCAGUGCUCUGGAAGCAAACCAUCAUGUCUCUAUAAAGGAAAAUGAUCUUGGUAGUCAAUGAAGACCAAUAGUAGCCACAUCCUUACAGCAAUAGUUUA